AUGGCCGGACGGCCCCCUGCGGUGUUAUUCUCCCCGGUCCAGGGCACAGGGUUUGUGGUGAGCCCUACCCCAACGGACGAUCCUUCACUUCCCACUUCCGCCUUGCCAUGCCCGGAUGUGACGCCGUCAGUUGUGACGCCCAGCUCUGUACUGUUGUCAUCUGUGGGGCUAAGUGCGGUUGGCCCGUCGCCUGCCGUGCCGCUGCUGUCCGCUGUGACGCCGUCGCCCGCUGUGACGUUGCUGUCUACUGUGACGCCGUCGCCUGCUGUGACGUUGCUGUCUACUGUGACGCCGUCGCCUGUUGUGACGUUGCUGUACGCCGUGACGCCGUCGCCUGCUGUGACGUUGCUGUCUACUGUGACGCCGUCGUCUGUUGUGACGCUGCUGUCUAAUGUGCUAUUGUCACCUGCUGUGACGCUGCUGUCUACUGUGACGCUGUCGCCCGCUGUGACGCUGCUGUCUUCUGUGACGCCAUCGCCUGCUGUGACGCUGCUAUCCACUGUGACGCUAUCGUCUGCUGUGACGUUGCUGUCCGCUGUGCUGUUGUCGCCUGCUGUGACGUUGCUGUCUACUGUAACGCCGUCGCCUGCUGUGACGUUGCUGUCUACUGUAACGCCCCCGCCCGCUGUGACGUUGCUGUCCACUGUGGCGCCGUCGCCUGCUGUGACGCUGCCGUCUACUGUGACGCCCUCGCCCGCUGUGACAUUGCUGUCCGCUGUGACGCCGUCACCUGUCGUGCCGCUGCUGUCCAUUGUGCCGUCGUCGCCUGCUGUGGCGUUGCUGUCUACUGUGAAGCCGUGGCCUGUUGUGACGCUGUUGUCUGCUGUGACGCCGUCGCCUGCUGUGACGCUGCUAUCCACUGUGACGCCGUCGCCUGCUGUGACGCUGCUGCCGCUGCGGGUCACACCGGCGGCUAUGGUGCCAUGCUCGGAUGUUCCGUCGGUCCCGAUGAUCCUGUCGUCAGUUUUGACCGCCUCAGCCGACACGUCGUGCUCCGUCGGAGCGUCACCAAUACCGUCGGUUGUGGUACUAUCGCCUGUGGCUUUUUCCGUUGUCACACCAUCAUCCGUGGCGCUGUGCUCUGCCGAGACGGUGCCGCCGCCGGGCGUAGUACUCCCCAUCGACAAAGCGGGCCGACCGCCGUGA